GUUUGACUUCUUUUAAAGCAGGAAAACCUAUGAUGUGUUUCCAGAGGUAUAAUGAACUCGGAAAAUCAUAGCUUUGAUCACAGAAUUUCCUAAGGGGAAGAUAUUAGUUUACGUAUUUCUUUUAAGCUCAAGAAUUGGCCUGCUCCUUUGAACAUGUAAAACCUCGAGCUCGGGGGAUCAGUAGAUUUAAAGUAUUUGAAGAAGGCAAGACUACUUAACAAAAUCAGAAAAGGGGAGGAGAAGAGUACGUAGCUCUAAAAGAAACGGUUGGUGUGUCGGCAGACUUCAAAAGAGGUUGCAAGUGAAAUCCGGAGCAUCAUCGUUCGACCUCUUCUCUUACCUUCCAGCAUCACAUACUUGUAUUGACGUUGGUCAAAACUGGAAUCCGUGAUAAAAAUUGGCAUGCGCCCGAGAUGGUAGCUGGCCAUCAAGCUUAUUUAAUGCGGUGCAUUGAUUUGCCACUCCAAACCCCUAUGCUUAGUUCGGCGGUACUUCUUUCUACGGAAUAGCCUCACACACUGUAUGGCAACUUGGCUCGCGCUCGAGCACGCGGGUUUGCACUUAUGCCGGUGCGCUAGUAGGGGCAGCUGCGGCACUCGGUGAAAGAUAGGGCGCUGUUUUCUCCGCUCUUUUCCAGUUGGCAUUUUUCUAAGUAUGCGGUCAGCAAGGAUCGGGGCUCUCACAGUGCAAAGUACUUGAACUCUUGGAAAGAGAACUUACUGAGGUUUGAAAUUCACCACCAGCUUGGCAAUUAAACUUGACGGCGACCGUGUAUGAAUUUAGUGGUACUCCGGAGAGUUUAUAAUACAAGAAGGUAAAAUACGUCUUGGGUUUUCUCCGGUGCAGAGGGAUUACAUAUAACAUUAAUAUAAACCUAUUUGCCAUUAAAACUCUCCCUCAGACGGUGUAAGGAGUUCGGAGGCGCCGGACACAGGGGGUAAUCCUACUUGCCUAAGUACCUCUCAACUUACUGAGGAAUUUCCCAGUGAAAUGUGACAGAACACGGUGCAUCAAAACGAGCGACCGCCAGCUCGUAUUAAUCCUGUCUAUACCUUAUCGACAGAAGCGUGUAGGCCAGUUUUACUUCAUUCACAUCUCAUAUUUCGGGGCCAAAACGACUUUUUUGAUGAGAUGCAAGCACAGGAACGAUGUUAUCAUGGUAUUGAGUAAGACCGGGCUCUUGGCGGUUGUGGUGGUGUUUAUCAUCAAGCUGUCCGGGCACUUGGACGGUUCUCCAGCACCCACACCAAUGGACCAGGGGCAGGUCCUUUCAGUCGUGACCGUCACAGCUGAACCCCUCCAUACAGACUCUCCUACCAUGGUAACGAAAAGGCCCGAGUUUGUACCAGCGCUGGGGCAUAGCGACCACAGCCAUGGCAACAGAUACCAAAACAAGAACCAUAGCAACACUCAUAAGGAAUACCCACACAGUGUCACUGACAGUGCUCUUCAGACAGUGGUUAACAGCAAAAAAAUCAGUGAUAACAUCAUUAUUCGAACUACGAAACAACCUCAAUUUGUACAUAAUAAUAAUAAUAAUAAUAACAAUAAUGGUGAUAAUGGCGAUGGUGCUCUCGGUGUUAAAAUGGACAAAGUAACACAGGGAAAUGAACAUAGGCACAGGCAUUCUGAACAAAGUAGACAUUCCACAAGACGGAGGACAACAAUCAAAUUGCCACACAGCACCACCACCCAUACGCCAGUCAGCAGUUCUUUUAUUCCCGAUGUAUCACCAUUUAAGGAUGUUAAUGAUAGAGAGGCUAAAAAGGAAAAAAUAAAAGACGUAUUUAAUAAGUGGCUGGAUGGUGAUCUAUAUUUGACAGACGCAUCUGUAGAUGAUAAAACAAAACACGAAAGGACGUCUUUAUCUUAUGGUGCCAAAGAAAACAAUUUAUUAAGUUUACAAAAAGGAAUCAAUCCUAACAUAGAGGUCACAAUAGAAGUUUUACACGACAAAUUAGAGGGAAAAGACGAACUUGACGAAGAAAAUGUGGAAGAAACUGAGAGCUAUGAGCAUACCACGCCAAAGUUAAAAGAGAACACGGAAGGCAAACUGAUCUCAAGUUUCCUGCGGGAUUCUGAUUUGCCUUCGUCGAGAAAAGAUGAUCACGUGGUUCCGAGUGACGAAAUAGAUGACGACACAGGUAGCGGUUCUGGGAGUACUGUUGAGGAGUGGAGUGCUUGGACGCCAUGUAGUACAACGUGUGGUAACGGGCAGCAGCAGAGAAAGCGGCGAUGUGGGGAGGACUGCACAAACCGGGAGAAUAGAUACUGUCUUCUGAAGGAGUGUGGGGCUCAAUCAGAUUCUGAACAUAAUAAGCAAAAUGAUGGUGACUUUUUAGACACAGAGUUUGAUAACUGUGACAGUUGGAUGAAAUGCAAAAACCCAUAUCUGCUGCAAUAUCUGGCCAAGCUGAAGGACCUCCCCAGCUGUCCCUGCUACUACCCCAUCAACCUGGUCUACAACCAGCGCAUAUGGGACCACAAGCGUCAACAGUUCUUUCUGUGGCACGAUGUCAGUGGGGCCCAGUACAGGCUGGAUGUUUACAAGCCAGGAGCUUCGUACUGCAUUCUCUCCAGGAUAGAGCUAGGUCGACUCAACCUUGCCGCUCAGCAGUGUUGCUAUGACAACUAUCAGCGCCUGAUAUCCCGUGGUCCAGGGGCAGGGACGCCAUAUUUGAUCAGUCCAGAAGUUUCGCCAGCUCUACACCACAAAGUGGACAUCUUGCCGUGGAUCAUCUGCAAGGGAGACUGGACAAAGUACAAUCAAGUCAGGCCUCCCAACAAUGAUAGGACAUGCACAGUCAACCCUUCUGAUGAAACAUUUCUGAAGCAAAAGGCAAAGGCAAGGCAGUUCAGAUAGGUUUUAGAACAUAACACUGGUGAAGAGGGAGAGGGAGAUAAAAAAAACACACUUCAUGCCAGCAGUCCUUGCUUGACCCAGCAGCCCUUGUUUGAUCAAGCCACUGUGGGUCACUUAAAGUAUUUGAAAUAAAUGACCUGCUGGAGAGACCUGAAAAAUUGAACUGAAAUGGGGUACUGUACACAUCCCAGGCAAAAGACAGAGAGGUCCUAAGAGGUGGUGUCCAAAAUAAAGGCUAAUGACAUAUAUUGUAUUAACUUGAGCCCAAUAAUCAACACAAGUAUAUGUGUGUCAAAAUGUCUGAAAAUUCCAAAGCUGCUGCAAUGUAAUGACCAUAAUGACUUCUGCUACCACUGCUUAGACAUCAUAAUAACAGAGCUCAGUCAUACAGUAAUCGGGACAGACAGAUCAUUUAGAGUGACCACAUACAAGACUUAAUGUACAGCAACCUUUGUGUCUUCUGGAACUCAUUUACAAAUCAAUAUAACUUCUAGUCAAAAUGACACUUUACAUACCAGGCCACACCUUCUUGUUAUGAAAGACCCCAAGUGUAGUAUACAGUGUGAGGUUGGCUAGGCUGUCAGUAAUGAUCAGGGGGUGGGGUAAUAAGGUGGAGUAAAUUGACUGUUUUUAGGACCCUAGACAAUUCAACAUGUGCUAUUAUCUGAUCUUUAAACUCAGAAAAGAAAGAAAAUAUUUGAUAUUCACUGGAACCAUUUCUCUUAUAUCACAAUUUUCUUAUACCUUUCUUUCACUAAUAUAAGACUUAUGAAUAUCAAUUAUUUGACUGACAAUCACUAUAAGAAGCCAAUUAGUAUGUAUGAUCACAUUAUGACACUGCAAUUCAUGUCCUUAAAUUAGAAUAGCAGAGACAGCAGUUGCUCCUAAACCCAAAUUUCAACCCUCAUUUAAUGAAGGUACAGGGGUAUUUUGCACAAACACAGUACAACAGUGUAUUUACAGGCCUCCGGGGGCGAUCAUCCACACAGCUCACCCAUUUAGUCAGGGCAGAUAAUAAGGCCUGGUAUUUCAUUAUUUGCCAGAAUAUGAUCCAACUGAGACUAGCAGAUAAAAUGUGGAGAGCUGAAGGAAUGAUGUUACCUGUCUUAAACACUAGGUAAUUGUUCCAACUCAGGGCACUAUCAGAAGCAAUAAUCUUCUUAAUCUACUUACUAUUGACGUGGGACUUGGUUUCAUAAUAAACAAUUUACCCCCAGCUCAGGUGACUUUUGUCUAUUGCCAUGGACAUUUCUGAGACCAUAAAAUACACAAUAUUGUUAAUAAUGUGUAAGAAAGGAAUGACAAUUUUGAAUGAAUAUAGCUUUGUUACAGCUUAAAUUGGUGUGGCCAAGAAUAAAAAACAGUAUAAUAGAAGCAAUAAUGAUAUAAAAAAAACAUCAUCAGUUGACACCUUGGUAUGUUACUGAGCUAUUCGUCCAGAAAGUUUUUUUAGGGUGAAAGAAAGGGUAGGGACAAAGCUAGAACAAGGUGCCUGAAAAAAGCACCUAUAAAUGCCAAAGAAAUAUGUAAUCUCUCACAUGUAAUACUCAGAAAACAUCACAUUCAGGGAGAUGUAUAUUUACGUAUUAUAAGUAUUAACUGAUUAUCUUUGCACUUUCUUUUCAGAAUUGCAUGUCAUAUGAUCAUAAAGAGUUGGGUCCCAAAGAGACUUCUAUUAUUUAUUUGUUGUAUUUUUCUUUUCAAUUUGAAUAAUAUAUAGAAUUGCAAUAAAUUGAUUAUUUACAAAAAUAUGUACAGCAAAGAAAACAGAUAUUAAGAGUGGAUACAUAAUAAAAAAAAUUACAAAAACAAUAGGUGUCUGUUCCACUGAGUUUCUGUGUUCUAACCACAUAUGGAUCUACUCAGUAAUUUUAAAGUAGAGAUGAUGUUUAGAUAAAAAUACAAGGCAAUUAAUAAAUACAAUGCAAAUAAUGGCAAAAAAGCCUGGAAUGAAAAUGCCUUUCUGAUUAUGGUAAAUGCCCAUUACUUGUAUUAACAAGAAUAAAAACAUAAAUGCAAGGUGUCUAAUUUGGAUUUGAAAUAAAGCUUUAGAAUAUUUAUAUUGUCCCAUUGUGACAAAGCUCGAUCCUUGUAUUUGGCAAAGGUUUUUG